UUUAUUUGUGACCGUGGGUCUGUACCUCAUUCGGAGCUGCAGAAACCGUGAAGUUAAUUAGUGUUAGUUAAUUAAUUACCGAUUCGGAAAGAAGAGCAAGGAACAGAAGACUUGAAGCUCCAGCUAAUAUAUCUGCUCGCCGUAUCUAGCACUAGAAAGAUGUGGGUCUACUUGUUGCUGAUUGUCUCCUGGACCAGUCAGAGCACAUCAGGACUGGAAGUGCAUAUGAAAUACAUGUUCGGAGACACUCACGUGAGGCAGAAGGACUUGAACACUCAACCGGUGGGCACAGAUUUCCGAUUCCUCGGUGUGGAGACCUACUCGACCAGUACCACAAUAACCAUCCAACAGGCGACGAGAUUAGUCCCGGCCUCAGGGGUUAGCUUGGAGCAGGAGAAGUAUGUAGAGCAGACUUUGUUGGCGCUAGGUGUCAAGUCCAUGAAGACGGUUGUCAACUAUGGGUUCAGUCUAGACAUGACCAUGAACUUCACCAGUUCCAAAGAGGCUAGCGCCGAGCAUUCGGGCCACAAGAACUGCAGCUUCAAACUUGACCAAGCCAGCGUGUCGGGUUACCGACUUUACUCUGAUUCCACAAACAUUAACUUUAAAACAGAAUUCCAAAACUACUAUUCGGGGUCGACUAACUACAUUCCGAUAACCGAUGUCGCUUAUGAAAUACAGAUAACUAUCACGUAUACAACUAACGUGUUCCUGGGCGCUGUUGGGUUGCCAGGCGUUACAGUUACAACACCGGCACCACAAAUAACUCAGAGGACAACGCCAACUACAACCAAAUCAACACCAACAACAACUACUACCAAGCCUACACCCGCAACAACUACUACCAAGCCUACACCCGCAACAACGACUACCAAGCCUACACCCGCAACAACAACUACCAAAGCUACACCAGCAACAACUAAGACGACGACGACAACAACAACUACCAAGCCUACAACUAUGACAAGACCACCGUACACUCCACCACCUGCUGCGAAGUGUGAAAAGGAGACUAAGGCAGACAUCCUCUUGUUAAUAGACGCCUCCUUCAGCAUCGGGGAGGUAUUCUGGGGGUUCCAAAUGAACAUGGCUGCCAAUUUUACACAGUAUUUUGAAGUGGGCCCUGAUAAAGUACUCUUCUCGAUGGUCUCAUUUUCCAAGACCCCUACCUUGAAUUUCGACUUUGCAAGAUACAAAGAUGCCAGCUCUUUGAGACAGGCAUUUGCAAGCAUCAAGUACAAAAAGGUUUAUGGAACAAGGACCGACCUAGCUCUAAAAAAGAUCAACGAAGAAAACCUGUUUAGCCCUGAGUUCGGUGGGCGCGAAGACUGCAUAGACAUCAUAAUUUGUUUGACUGAUGGUAACUCGGAUAACUUUGAAGAAACCUCGAAACAAGCAAGUAGAUUAAAAAAAAAAGGAAUCUUCAUAUUAGCUGUUGGGAUUGGUGAUGACAUUUCCGAAAAUGAGCUGGAAGUAAUAGCCUCUUCUAAAGAGAACGUCUUAAUGGCACUGGAUUACAACUUGCUGGAUUACAGCAUGCAAGCUCUCGUCAACAGAACAUGUGCACAUAAGCAGUAAAGAAUGCGAAAGCUGACAAAAGUGCGGAUGGCGGUUAUAACUCUAAUGGGGAUUUUAACACUGCACUUUAAAUUACAAUUAAAAGUAAACGCAUUGCAUUAAAAAUAUAAUAAUCAA